UGCCAAAGAGUGAGAGAGAGAAACCUUGUUCACUAAAACAUUCUCUCAUAUCUGCAUUCAUCAGCAACAUUGCAUUACUUCUCCACACAUACAGACACAUAAAUCCUUUUUUAUUCUCAUUAUGGCUUGUGGGAUGCAGCAGUUAACCUGGAGAGGCCUCGACUGGGGAUUCUGCCAGCUUUUCAUCCAGAUGACCCUGCUGCUCUCCCUCCUGUGCCCACCUACAGAGCCUGUUUCCUGGGACAAUGACUCAAGCGGCAGUCCUGUGGAGGACUGUGGGGGUUUGCGGGCAGAUGUUUGUGGCGUGUGUGCAGGCGAUGGGAGCUCGUGUGAGCUGUUUAGCGGGACGCGCUUUCUGUCCGGGCUCUCAGUUGGCUACCACAAGUUCCUGGACAUCCCAUCUGGAGCUCAACGAAUCAAAAUACGAGAAACACAAAAGACCAGCAACUACUUGGCUCUCAAGACAGCAAAUGGUGAAUUCGUGAUAAAUGGUAACUGGGUGAUUGACAGGCCAGGGGAUUUCUAUGCCGCGGGUACUAAAUUCACAUACAAACGACCCAAUGAGAUAAGCAGCAGAGCAGGAGAAUCCAUCACUGCUCCUGGCCCGACAAAUCAGGAGCUGCAUCUCUUUGUGAUAUAUCAACAGCCCAAUCCAACGGUAUAUUAUGAAUACAUUUUACCCAGAGUCCAUAUCAUUGAUGUAUAUUCAGAUACAUAUUCUUACUCCAGUGAACUUCCUUUGGAGAGUCAUGAGCUGUUUCCUGGACCUGAGAUUAGCACUGAUGAAAACUCAAUGAGCAGUCCUCACCCUAACCAGGUUCCAUUAGACCCUGUGACCUCUAAACCACUUUCAUUGUACAGCUGGGUUGCCAUGACAACAACAUCCUGCAGCGUCUCUUGUGGAACAGGCAUUCGUCAGGUUCUGUUUAGAUGCGAAGAAAAGGCCACACAAACUACUGUACCGGAUGACCUCUGCACCCAUGCCCAUCAUCCUGGUCCCCGGAUAGAAGGCUGUCAAUUGCAGCCUUGCCCAGCAUUCUGGGAUGUCGGGGAGUGGUCCGAGUGCAGUAAGACUUGCGGUCCAGGUUAUCAGCAUCGUCAGGUGAUUUGCCGGCAGACACAGGGACACCGUGGCAAUAGCACAGUCGUCGUGCCGACCAGCUUCUGUGAUGUUACAGACAUGCCAGAGACAACCACGGUGUGCCAGCUGAAGAUUUGUAGUGAAUGGCAGAUUCGCUCAGAAUGGACAGAGUGCUCGGUGCCAUGUGGAGUAGGUCAGCGCAGUAGAGAAGUUGUGUGUGUGGAUAACCUGGGCGACGUAGUUUUAGAUGAGGAAUGCAACAUGGCCCUUCGCCCGCAGGACCUGCAGAACUGUGACAAAGGAGUGUGUGCCAGCAGCUGGUUUUACUCUCUUUGGAGUGACAGGUGUUCUGCAGAUUGUGGAGAAGGAAGUCGCAGUCGGUUAGUAGUGUGUAUGAUGAGUCAGACUAACUCUCUGCCAUUAGACAACUGCAAAGAAGAGGAUAAACCAGACAAGCUCAUGCCGUGUGACCUGGGACCCUGCACACAGCGGGUGGAAUGGUACACAGGACCGUGGGGACAGUGUUCAUCUGAAUGCGGUAACGGUACACAAGAUCGAGGUGUGGUCUGUGUUCUCCAAAAAAACGGCCAAUUAGAAGUCACCUCAGAUGACAGCUGUUCUCAUUUGCCCCGCCCUCCAAGUGCACAGAUCUGCAAUUUGAAAAGCUGUAGUGCCCAGUGGUAUAUGACAGAUUGGAGCUCGUGUUCUCGCUCAUGUGAUGUUGGCUUUCGAGUGAGGGAGGUACGUUGUUUGCAAGAAGACUUGACCUUUAGCCAGGACUGCGACCCUCUACUUGAACCCGCAAAACAAGAGGAGUGUAAUACACAGACCUGCACACCACAAAUUGAUGAUUCCUGCAGAGAUAUGUACUAUAACUGUGUAGUGGUGGUCCAGGCUCGCUUGUGUGUGUACUCAUACUACCGCACCACAUGUUGCGCAUCAUGUUCUCGGGUUGCCCAGAAAGACACACCUCACAGAAUCAGGUGAUCAAGUCACCUUACCCUUGGGAUAUAACAUCACUGCUCUCCUCUCAAUGAACUAUGAUGUCCUUGAGUCUUUGAAGUCAUGACAUCAUCUCUCACCCCUUCAGCUGGAUCUGACACUGAGAUGACAUCACCAAUCACUUUCUGUCUUUCAUUUGAAAAAAAAAAAAACUCAAAAUAUGCAGAGACUGCCCUUUUUAUACAAUACAAAGAGAAUGCUCCAUGAGCAAUUUAGUAUUUAUUGCAAAUAAAAAUACUGAGCCACUUUUUUUUACUUUUCAUCAUGUUGCCUAAUCUCUAAAAGUAACAAAAACUUUUUUCAAUUUGUUAACCUUCACGUUUAAAUAGAAAUGUAUAAAGCAAGGAAAGUAAAGAUAGUACACCCACCAGGUAAAAAUAAAGUAUACUUGAAUGUACUUAAAAUAUACUUAAAAACCAGCAUGUUACACUACAAAUAUGCUAAUUAACAGUUAUAUUCUACUAAUACACCAAAAAAGUAUACUAAAUACCAGUAUUACCUAAAUAGAUUUUUAAUGUAUUGAAAUAAAUGGUGUCUCAAAAUAGCACACCUGAGUACACUUAGAUGUACAUAAGGGUGUUUUCACAUAUAGUUUUUUUUAAAGGGACACUCCAAUUUUUAAAAAAAUAUACUCAUUUUCCAGCUU